AUUACAAAUUCGGGCAGACAUAUUUGAUGCUAAAUUUUCUAUUCGUAAAAUUUCGUGCAAUUUUGUUUUCGAUGGUGAAGUGAAAACUAUUUUCUUAUUGAUAUAGGUAAGAUAUUAUUCUCUUUAUGUAAAAAUUAACGAGAUUUGUCCAAUUAAAGUUUCCAGGAAAAUGAACGAUUUCAGUGUAUUACAUUUUAUGGAAUGCUAAUGUUAUAUUAUUAUUUUAUUAAUAUUUUCAAAGUAAUUAAAAUUAAGCAUAUUCUUCAGAUAAUUUGAAAUUGUUUGAAUCAUUAAUUUACUUAUAAACAUUAAACAAACGAUAAUCUAAAAUAUAGCAUCAAAUAGUUCGUUGACCCUUGUCUGUCUAGACAGCAUGUCGGCCAACUUUGUAUGUCGACGCAAUUAUUGUUCACGUCAAAUCUUUUCAACUGUAAUGUGUUUUUUCAUAUAAAAAUAUAUAUAGAUAUUAAUAUUAAAAUACCUUAUUUCGAUUGUAGUACAAAAUAGUUAUUAUUAGAUAAAUAAAAUACAGAGAUACCGGAUUUGUUCGAUAACGACAAAAAAAACUUUCGAUUUCUAGUUUUAAAAAUGUGACUAAUGUUGAAAAUUUUUAUUAGAAACAUUGGAAAUUCUCAGUAUAUCGAUAGAAAAUAGCUUUUAUUUGAAAAUUUUCGUGAAACGGAUUGAAAAUAAACAUUAAAAAUUAUUUGUUUUUCUUUGAUGUUUGUGGACGUGCGUGUUAACAAUAAUCCGAUAAAGAAUUUUCCGUGUUUUAAUGCAAUAUUGUGAAAAUUAUGGAUAAACGGAAAAUUCUUAACUACCAAGAUGGUGAUUUCCUCAUUUGUGAACUGUUUCAGUGCAUCUUCGAGUUGCAAAGAAAAAAUUGGGAGUACUCCCACCCCAAUAAGAGUUCAAGAACAACAUAAAAUAAUGAGAAGAAAUAGUGUUACCGAAGGGAUUACUAACAUUCAAGUUCGUUCAAAUUGUAGUAAUUCUGCUGGAAAAGAAUCGAGAUUGAUGUCGUCACUCCGUAAUGUUAGAGAGAAUUUAUUAAAAUCGCCUUAUUAUAAUUCAAAGACUGGAAUACUAGUCGAUAACAAUACUAAAAUAGAAUCAAAAGUUGAGAAAAUAGUCACCAUUAGAAAAUCCCUUAACUCGUCGGGAAAACCGAAGAAGUCCGAAAAAGAGAACAUUGGUUAAGGAAUUAAUUUUGCAAAAUAAUAACAUUGUGAUACUGCAGGCAGAAUUUUAAUAUGGUUGUGUAGUUUUCGAUUUUAAUUUUGUUUAGAUAGUUUUAUUUUUUUAUUAAUUGACAUAUUUUUAAUGUUUUUUGAUAUGCAAUGAAUAAAAUUUUUUGAAAAUAAA